AUGAACAAAUUAAUAAUAUCGAAAAGUUUACUUUUUAACACUGUUUCUACAAUCAAGAAUACUCCACUACUACAACUACAAUCAACUAGUAGUACUUUGGUCUCUUCAAUAUCAUCAUCUUUGUCGUCAUCAUCGACAUCAUCAUUUUCUACUACUAGUAGUUUUAGUAAAAAUGAUAUUUUAUCAAGAAGAUCAUCAUUAUUAUUGCCAUCAAACUCUUUUACUAGUUUGAUGAGUGGAAGAAUGAUGAUGAUCAAGGUCAAUGCAGAUGAAGACGAAGAUCAAGAAAACAAGAAACCUGUUCUCACCAAAGAGGAAAAGGAAAAGUUAAAAUCACAGAAAAAAGAAGACAAAAAGGAAAGAGAUCAAGUUAAAAAGGACAAUAGACAAAAGAUGAUCGAACGGUCAAAGGCAAUCAAAGAAAAGAACAAAGAAAAAGAAACCAAAUCAAAAGAGAAAUUGGAUCAAAUGAAAAAGGAAAAUACAAGAGCACCACUCUCUUUUUUGCCAUCGACUGACAAUAGUAGCACUCUUUAUGACAAGGACGAUGAAGAUGACGAUAAGUUUUCAUACGAACAAGGUUCUGCCGAUCAUGAUGGUGGAUCAAAACAAAAGAAACCAAAAUUAAAACCAAAUGUUAAAAAACCAAACAACAAUAAGAACUUUCAUAGAUAG